GCAACCGCACUUCCGCUCAUGCGUUUUCGCGGAACAUCGGCAAAAAACAUGGCGAUGACAAUGAGCCAAAGCGACGCUGAAGUGCAACAGAAAGAAGAGGGAGAGGAGGAUGAGCAGUCUAUAUCCAGAUCUGACAGUGGCGAGGAUUCUCUCGAUGGCCUUACAACACAUAGAUGCCCUCUUACACCUUCAUUGUCGCCCCGGAAACGGACCAUCAGCCAGAGCAAAACGGAGCCACCGCUUCUGAGAACAAAUAAGAGAACAAUCUACACUGCGGGGCGUCCACCCUGGUACAAUGUUACCGGGACCACCUUUAAAGAAGCCUUUGUCAUAGGUCUUUGUGGAGGAAGUGCCUCUGGAAAAACCACUGUGGCCAAUAAGAUCAUAGAGGCUCUAGAUGUUCCAUGGGUCGUUCUGCUCUCUAUGGACUCUUUCUACAAGGUUUUAAGUAAAGAGGAGCAAGAGUUGGCAGCCAAGAAUGAGUACAACUUUGAUCAUCCUGAUGCUUUUGAUUUUGAGCUGCUGGUAACUGUGCUGAGAAAACUGAAAAAGGGCAAAAGCAUCAAAGUGCCAGUUUACGACUUUACUGCCCACAACCGUCGCAAAGAGUGGAAAACUGUCUAUGGGGCCAACGUUGUGAUAUUUGAGGGAAUAUUAGCUUUUGCCAACAAGGAGCUUUUAAAGCUGUUGGACAUGAAGGUGUUUGUGGACACUGACUCCGAUAUCCGGCUGGUCAGGCGUCUGAAAAGAGACAUCACUGAUCGAGGGCGUGAUAUUGCAGGCGUCAUUAAACAGUACAACAAAUUUGUCAAGCCAGCAUUUGAGCAGUACAUUGAACCCACAGUUCAGGUUGCAGAUAUCGUGGUCCCCAGAGGUGGAGAGAACUUUGUUGCUUUGGAUCUGAUUGUUCAGCAUGUUCACAGUCAACUUGAAAAGAGGAAACUCCGCUGGGAUAUAUCUGCCUUGGCAUCGGCUCAUCAGGGCCAACCUCUGCCCAAGACCCUGAGCGUCAUGGAGAGCACCCCACAAGUCCGAGGGUUGCACACUAUUAUCAGGAAUAAAGAAACCAGUCGAGAUGAAUUUAUUUUCUAUUCAAAGAGAUUAAUGAGGCUUCUCAUAGAGCACGCCCUGUCCUUUCUGCCUCUGAAGCCAGUGUCUGUUGAAACUCCACAAGGAACUAUAUAUGAAGGGAAGAGGCUCAGCGGAAAGAGGAUCACUGGUGUGUCCAUUCUACGGGCAGGAGAGACUAUGGAACAAGCCUUGAUGGCUGUUUGUAAGGACAUUCGACUCGGAAAGAUCCUCAUUCAGACCAAUCAUGACACAGGAGAGCCUGAGCUCCAUUACCUGCGUCUGCCCAAGGACAUCAGUGAGGACUAUGUUAUACUGAUGGACAGCACCGUGUCAACAGGGGCGGCAGCGCUCAUGGCUGUCAGAGUCUUACUUGAUCAUGAUGUCCAGGAGGACAAGAUAUUCCUGCUAUCUUUACUCAUGGCUGAGAUGGGUGUCCACUCUGUGGCAUAUGCCUUCCCUAAAGUACGCAUUAUCACCACUGCUGUGGACAAGAAUGUCAACGAUGAGUUUCACAUCAUUCCAGGAAUUGGUAAUUUUGGGGACCGUUACUUUGGGACUGAUGCUCCAUCAGACUGGUAUGAAAGUGAUGACGGAAUGGACUACUGAAUAUCAUUGCGACUGUGUGUUUGCAUUCUUCAGAAAAGGGAACAUUUAAGCACCACAAUCAUCUGAUUGUGGACCCAUUGACCUGUCCGAUAUAAGCGUAAGAUUUAGACUUACGUCGAAGCAUGAUCUGCCCCUCAAACAAGCGGAGAUUAUUGUUCUUUAACUUUCCUAGAAGUGCCCUUAUGACCAGAGAGCAAUGCUAGUGUUAAGUUGAAAUAAUAACCGCAUUUUUUUUAGAUCACAUUACUACUUGAACUAGGUAAUGAUGGAGUGGAAUGCUAAUGGGACACUCCACCAUUUUCUUGUGGGUAUAUUUGGAAUGGUAUAGGACCAAACUACUUGUACUAUUUUGUUCAAUAGUAUGAGUAUAUAGUUUAUAUGCUGUGUAGAAUGCAGUAUAUAUUAUUUUAGUAUGCGAUUGCAAACAGCACAAACUGUAUUUGCCAAUGUUUAUUAACUGAUUUCAUGUCUAAAUGACUUCAUAUAGCAUAUAUGCCCUAAAUGUGCAUUUGUCCUGUGCAGGAUAAGAUGCACAUUUCCAUGUGCUUGCAUUUUAGGGUUUAUUUUAGCUUGUUUAUAAUAAUGCAGCUUUACUAUAGAAUAGGCAUAAAUGUUACUAGCUUGAUAGUAGCCCAUGCACAAACAGGAAAUUGUAAGAUUUGGGUUGCACAUGCCGGCAUCAGUGUUUACUGCAAUGCUGCAAUUCUCUAGGACAGCAAUUGCUCAUAAAUGAUACAUGUACUGUUUAAUAUACAUUUACUUUGGAUUUUUUCCAGUUGAUUGAUGUAUUGAUGGCUAUUACAUGUUAAGUGACACAUUAAGUUUCUAUUCGUUAGUGUAUGUGUAUGUGAAAAUAUGGGAAUUAAAUAUUGAAAAGAGACUUUUGUUCAGAGUAAAAUCUCAAGUCCAAAGCAAAAAUAUUUUCCUCCCUUCAUUGGUUUUAGUAUGCAUUAUGGUGCCACAGAGGGGAACAAAAUCAGGUUUAUAGUUUAUUCUACAUUGCAGCCAUUUUCCAGGUUAUAUACUUGAAUUUUAAAGUGUAGAUAAUGCAUAUUUAUUUCUCACUAGUUUUCUUGCCAAGUCUGAUUUAAUUAGAGGUUUAGACCAAUUUUCAAAGGCAAAAGGAUAGGCAUAAAUAUUAGAGAAUGUUUUGGAGGUUUGUAAGCAGCAAUUUGAACCAAAUGAGCAUUUCUUUCAGUUACAUGUCAUCUAAUGCAAAUAGUGCUGUUUCUUUCUUUUGUAAAGCCUGAUAGGAGUAUAAGAAUAGUGCCAAUAUGCACAUCCAGCAAACUUUGAUGCACUUACAUGUUAUGUGAACAAGUAGUAGUAUUUGAUCACACUUUCACCUAAAGGGGUGUGUUGCACAUUCUUGCAAUGAAAUUUAAUUAAAUAUGGAUGUCGAUUUGGUCUCAUUUUGUUAAAUGUAAUAUUGGAAUAUAUAUCUUUGCCUCAGGAUCCUCCAUGUAAAUUAUAUUUCUUUGUGUGUUUGUGUUCUAAAUGGAACUGCUCAUUGUUCUGUGUGCAGUGAUUAUGGACUGGUUAUGUGUUAUUUUGAAUAAAGCAUAAUCAAAUCUCAGUAAUGGAUCCUUUUCAAACUUUACUACAUUGUAAAAUAAAUAAAAAUAAGUAAGGAAUCUUUUUUUUUCUCUCUCUCUCUCUCUCUCUCUCUCUCAAAUGCUCAAGAUAUAUAUACUGUUGUUAUUUUGUCCAAGUUAAUGAUUGUUCUGGUUUAUCUGUUUAUAACAAGCUUCAUAAUGACCUCCAGUGCUGCAAGUCAUUCAAUGUAUGUUGAAUAGUUUGGGGCUAUAAAAAGCGCAAUAAAAUAUCUUGUGCAUAAA